AAUUUGCAAAAUUGAAUGAGGAAGAUAGAGAUAUGUUAGAAGCAGAAUUUAAUGACGAUGAAAUCAGAGAAGCAGUUGCCUCCUGUGCUAGCGAUAAAGCACCAAGACCUGAUGGGUUUAACUUCCACUUCAUCAAAACAAUUUGGAGCACAAUUGAAGGAGAUAUCAUUAGCUUCAUGAAAGAGUUCCACAAGAACGGGAAGCUGGUAAAAGGAUUAAACGCCUCCUACAUUACGCUGAUCCCCAAGACUAAAAACCCCAUUUCUUUGAAAGAAUUCCGGCUGAUAAGUUUGAUAGGAUGCAUUUACAAAAUUUUGGCCAAAGUCCUUGCAAAUAGGCUUCGGAAAAUUAUUGGGAAGGUGAUAAGCACAAGCCAGUCCGCGUUUAUGGAAGGGAGGCAUCUUGUGGAUAGUGUCCUAGCACUAAAUGAACUUAAUUAUCUAGAUUCAAUGCAAAAACAGUUGGGGUUUGGUCAGAAAUGGUGCAAUUGGAUAAAAGAAUGCCUCUCUUCAGCUACUGUAUCUGUUCUUGUGAAUGGCAGUCCAACUAAGGAAUUUAGUAUGGGAAGGGGGUUUAGACAGGGCGACCCUCUCUCACCCUAUAUGUUUAUAAUUGUUGCUGAAGGCCUACAUGCUCUACUAGCCGAAGCAGAAAGAAAAAACCUCUUUAAAUGGGUAACUACCAGUACUAAUGCACCGAUUUCCCACCUUCAAUUUGCCGAUGACACUGUCCUGCUCAAUGAGGCUUCAGUGAGCUCUAUCAGGGCAAUAAAAUUUAUUAUGAGAUGGUUCGAAAUCAUGUCAAGGCUUAAAAUAAAUUUCAGCAAAAGCAUUCUUUAUGGGGUUAAUGUGAACAAUCAGUGGAUUGAUAUGGCAGCUCAAACCCUAAAUUGCAAACACGGAAGCUUGCCUUUUACUUACCUUGGGCUUUCGAAAGGCAGACUCUUAUCAUCUGGAAGGCGCCUCACGCUUCUCAAGUCAGUACUCUCUGCUCUCCCUCUCUUUUAUUUUUCGCUAUUUAAAGUUCCUAAAGGCAUUCUUAAUGAGCUUGUCAAAAUCCAAAAAAAUUUUUUGUGGGGAGGCUCAGAUGACUCCAAGAAAAUUGCUUGGGUUAAUUGGGAAAAAGCUUGCCUUGCAAAAUCUAAGGGUGGCCUAGGAAUCCCUAAUUUAGCAAUUAGAAACACUGCUCUCUUGGGUAAAUGGUGGAGCAAAUUUCAUGAUGUAGAUGAGAAGCAUAAACUAUGGAAGAAUAUAAUUGUCUACAAAUAUUAUGAGGGAAAUAAUAAUACUUCUAUCACCAGCUGUAUAACCCCUAAAAUGUCUACCAUUUGGAGAGAUAUUCUUUCUAUUGGCAGGGAAAAUGAAAGAGCAAAAACAUGCUUCAUUGAUGGAUUCCCCAGAAAGAUCAGUGAUGGAGCAAAAACCAAUUUCUGGUCUGACGUGUGGUUGGGCAGCUCCUCCUUCAAACUGGAAUUUCCACGAUUAUACAACCUUUCCCUCGAUAAAGAAAUGUCAGUUGCUAACCUCAAACCAUCUAAAGGUCAAGGAUGGCAUUUCAAUUGGCGUCAUGAACCAUUUGGGAGAGAGCUGGACGAAUACAAGAGAUUAGAGGACACUCUAAAGCCUGUUAACAUCCAUGACACCAAGCCAGAUAACUUCAAUUGGAUACACUGCCCAUCAGGAUACUCAACAAAAUCAGCCUACCAAAUUCUUGAAAACCCCACCACUUGUCUUCAAGGCAGUAUUUGCAGCUUGAUUUGGAACCCGUUGGUGCCCUCUAAAGUUAGCUUCAUGAUUUGGCGCCUCUUCCUAAACCGCCUUCCAACUAAAGACAACCUGUGUCUUCGAGGAGUAAAUUUAACAAACAAUCCAAACUGCGUGUUCUGCGGUGAUCAUCCAGAGGACGCAAAUCACAUCUUUGCCAAAUGCAGACAAUCUCAAAAACUAUGGAGCAAAAUAUGUCACUGGUGGGGUUUCCUUUUUGUUCCCCCGGAUAAUGCCUUUGCCAUGCUCCACCAACUUAGUUCGCUGCAGGUCCCCAAGAAAGCAAGAAGGAGCUGGAACCUCACAAUCUCAACAGCUGCUUGGUCCAUUUGGAUCAAAGGAAACUCUACCUAUGCUAAGUUCAAUUUCGUGGACUGGUGUCAAUUCUCACUCCAUUGUGCAGUUGAUUUUUAACUUAUUGAACUUUUAAUGUAAUGUAUGGGUGAGUACUCCUUGUACUCUUUUAUUAAUAACAUUUUUGAUUCAUC